ACGCGCUCUGCCUGCACCGUCAGUCUAUAUCUAGCGUGUGGCGAGUAGCUUGUGUGUCGUUCAUGAUGGCCGUUGUCAAAGCAGUUUGUGUGUUGAAAGGAACCGGGGAAGUGACUGGCACCGUCUACUUCGAGCAAACAGGAGAUGGACCUGUGACUCUGAAAGGAAGCAUUACUGGAUUGACUCCUGGAAAACAUGGGUUCCAUGUUCAUGCUUAUGGAGAUAAUACAAAUGGCUGUAUCAGUGCAGGACCUCACUACAAUCCUUUUGGCAAAAAUCAUGGUGGACCUAAUGACCAAGAAAGACAUGUUGGUGAUUUAGGCAAUGUGGAGGCUAAUGGAAAUGGGGUGGCAGUCUUUGAAUUCAAGGAUCAACAACUCCAUCUUUCAGGGGAUAAGGCCAUUAUUGGGCGUACACUUGUGGUUCAUGAGAAGGAAGAUGAUUUAGGAAAAGGUGGCAAUGAGGAGAGUACUCGCACAGGAAAUGCCGGAAGUCGUUUAGCCUGUGGUGUGAUUGGAAUCGCCAAGAAUGAAACAAACUAGGAUUGGGGUGGGGAUAGAAUUGAGAAUUUUGCUGUAGGUCUGCAUACCUAACUUGAUUGAUUAUUGGUCCAAAAUAGUCUAAUGCACAACAGCUUUGUUCUGUAUACAUAAUAUCCACAGCAGAGAAACUGGCAACUGAGUCCAGCUGACCAUUUUGGCCUACAGAGUUGUGCUUUAAAUUUCUUGACUUGUUUCUGCCUAAAGGCAGAAGUUGUAAGUAACAUCUAGCUGAUUCUUGGUUUGUUGACCCUGUAUACUUAACUGUUGGAAUAUGUUUAUCUAGCAUAAUAAGUUAACCCAAUAGUUGAAAGCACUGAAUAAUGUUGUGUCAAACAAAUAUAAUAAAGACAGCAUUCUUUCUUUGA